CCUCAUCCCAAUUCUUUCUCUGUCGCGACCAUGCACAGAAUUGCACUAAGAAACUCGGCGCGCAAGGCUGCCUUGGCUGCAGCACCAAAGACGAACGCUGCCAUCGCCGUAUUCGUUGCGCGCUCGUAUGCUACUGCAAAGCCUGCCGCCUCCGAAGUCUCUUCAAUACUGGAGGCCCGCAUUGCUGGUACGUCUGUUGGUGGUAAUGUGGAGGAAACGGGUCGUGUCUUGAGUGUCGGUGACGGUAUCGGACGCGUCUGGGGUCUUAAAAACGUGCAAGCCGAAGAGAUGGUGGAAUUCUCUUCCGGCGUUCGCGGCAUGUGUCUGAACUUGGAAGCGGACAACGUCGGUGUCUCCAUCUUCGGUAAUGACCGUCUCAUUAAGGAAGGCGACACCGUCAAACGUACUGGUCAAAUCGUCGACGUUCCUGUCGGGCCUGGUCUCCUUGGCCGUGUUGUCGAUGCUCUGGGUAACCCCAUCGACGGAAAGGGUCCCAUCGAGGCUACAGAACGUCGUCGGGCUUCCUUGAAGGCUCCCGGUAUCCUUCCUCGUCGGUCCGUCAACCAGCCCAUGAUGACGGGUCUCAAGCCUAUCGAUGCAAUGGUACCUAUUGGCCGUGGCCAGCGUGAGCUCAUCAUCGGCGACCGUCAGACCGGUAAGACCGCGGUCGCUAUCGACACCAUCCUCAAUCAGAAGCGUUGGAACGACGGCAAGGACGAGGACAAGAAACUCUACUGUGUCUACGUUGCUGUUGGACAGAAACGCUCCACAGUCGCACAACUUGUCAAGACGCUUGAAGAGAACGAUGCCAUGAAAUACUCCAUCAUUGUCGCUGCCACCGCGUCUGAGGCCGCUCCUUUGCAGUACCUCGCCCCCUUCUCUGGCUGUGCCAUGGGAGAGUGGUUCCGUGACAACGGCAAACAUGCGCUCAUCAUCUACGACGAUUUGUCUAAGCAGGCCGUUGCGUACCGUCAAAUGUCCCUCCUUCUUCGUCGUCCCCCCGGUCGUGAGGCCUAUCCCGGUGAUGUCUUCUACCUCCACUCCCGCCUCUUGGAACGUGCCGCCAAGAUGAGCGAAAAGUUCGGCGGUGGUUCUCUGACGGCUCUCCCCAUCAUUGAGACUCAAGGUGGUGAUGUCUCCGCUUAUAUUCCGACCAACGUUAUUUCGAUCACUGAUGGACAAAUCUUCUUGGAAGCUGAACUUUUCUUCCGUGGUGUCCGCCCCGCCAUCAAUGUUGGUCUCUCGGUCUCCCGUGUCGGUUCAGCUGCCCAAACGAAAAUCAUGAAGAAGUUCGCCGGUUCGCUCAAGCUUUACCUUGCCCAAUACCGCGAGGUUGCCGCCUUCGCCCAGUUUGGCUCUGACCUUGACGCAUCGACCCGCUUCCUGCUUAGCCGUGGCGCCCGUCUGACUGAGCUUCUCAAGCAAGGUCAAUAUCAGCCCCUUCCUAUGGAGGUCCAGGUUCCUAUUAUCUACGCUGGUGUCAACGGUCUCCUUGACUCUAUUCCUGUCGAGAAAAUCACCCAGUGGGAAGCUGAGUUCCGUGCACAUUUGGCGGCUACCCAGGCCCCCCUUCUAGAGGAAAUCUCGGCCGGAAGCGUUACUCCAGAGAUUGAGGCCAAAAUUAAGAAGGUUGUCGAGGACCAUGUCUCUUCUUUCACAUCGUAGACUUGACUUAUUCCGCGUAUAUACCAUACGCUCUGGCGUUGGGGACUAGACAAUGAACUAAAAUGCAUUUCCCUAUC